AUACCUUUCGCUAUUAUUUCAAUAGUCAAUUACAACGGUGUUCAAAUUUAUUUUUCCCGCCGUUCCUUUUCUUUGAUAUACUUUUAAAGGAUUUAUAGUUUAAAUGAAAUGAAUGGCCGGAUGUCUUUGGUGGAACAGAAAAGGCUUCAAUGGGCAAAAGAAAGAGAAGAAAUGGCAAGACUAUCGUGCGCAUCGUGGGGAACGACCGUCAAACCAGUGAUGAAUGUAAUUCACGAUGCUGCAAGGUCAAGAAUGUCUACACUUGCGGGGGUUCCGCCACUGAGACGCGGUUGUGGAGGAGGUAUUGAUGGCACAAAGAGUCUCAGUAGGGUUGUGGGGGAGACACACCUUCUUCGGGCUAGUCUGGUCAGUUUGCACGAUAGUACGGAUGUUAAUGACUGUGGGACAAAUGCUCCUAUCCUCAGACAGAGGAGUCCGAGUCUUCCGCCGAUUUACACGAGAGAAUCCGGUGGCUCGCUGCAGCAUCCGGUGAGUCAGAUUGAAGUGGAUCAAGUAGGGUUGCGCUAUCAAGGCCCAGAUCGUACUCAGUUGAACCACAACAACAGCUACCCAUUCCAGAACCAUAUUCGAAGGAAGCGAUACGGUGAUUCGCCUCGCGAAGAACUGGAGGGUGAAACAUCGGGAUACGCGAGCGACUCCGCCGAGGUGCCGCUUCCAGCGGUUGCUGAUUUACUUCCGAAUUGUAAUCCACCCGGAAGUGCGAUGUCGGAAAACAAUCUGCAAAACCCAACAAAAUACAACUGCUAUGUGACGCCUGAAAGCUCUCUCCCACCCUCGAGGAGAUUAUCGGCAGUGCGAGGCUGUACCGAGCUGAGACCACGAUGGGGCAGCCUAUGGGGACAAGAACUAAUAAGGGGAGAUCCACCGCCGCCCUCAUGGCUUGAGAGAGGCCUUUCGCGAAUAGACCACACCAGCCAGGUACUGGUGAUAAAUCAUGAAAGCGCGAGUAGUCCUGAUAGCUCCACAACUAGUUCAGCUGGAUCAGAUUCUAACAAAACCUAUCUACGAGGACAAAACGCCCCCCUGGAUGAUGGGGUGUUACAAGAGCGUGAAGUUAAAAGACAGAAGGCCUUAGAAUUGCAAAAUGCCAUCAAGCAUCAGCUUGAAGAACGAGAUCGACAAAGAAAGGAGGAAAAACAGCAGAGGUUGAUGGAGGAACAAGCAGAAGAAGAAAGAAUUAAACGGGAGAGAGACAAAGAGAAACAAAGGUUUGAGGAAGAACAGAGGAGAUUCAAGGAGAAGGAAGACACCGAGCAUAAGAAAGCAGAGGCAAUGCGUCAGGUGCUUGAGGCAGCCGAACGCUUGGCUAAAGAAGAGAAGAAGUUCCGUAGAAAACACAACAAUGUCUUUAAUCUUGAAAAGGAUGAAGAUAAUAAAAAUGUAGAUGCGGUUGAACCUUCAAUGCAAUCAGAAGCAUGUCCGAACCAGGUCUCUGAGAAAAAAUUUGACCAUUCACCUGUCACAGAGAAUAUACAAUCAGUAAAUAAUGGAUACUAUCUUAGACAAGAAGAUAAAGAACUUAGUCGUUCUUCGGAGUAUGUUUCUGGUAAAGAAAGCAGCGAGUAUAACAAUAUCCAAGAACCGAAAGUAAAAACAAUACAACUUCCAGUUAGCUCAGAAAUCGCCAUUGUACUAAGUGGCAGGCUUCAAGAUCCAGAAAUCUUAAAUGCUUCGAAUUUACAAGUUAAUCUAGUCGUUACACCAACCCCUACUAAGUCUGAAAGUGUGCCGAAUUUGUUUAGUGUCAGUAACACUCCUCUUCCAAACGUGGUCAGCCCUGCUACCAUAUCACAUGCAAGUCAACAUCGAUAUCCUAAAACAACAGAUACAAGAUUGCUGACACCCAGCAAAUAUCGGACAUCUGUGGCCAGAGAAUUUGGCACCCAAACGGAUUUAGAAGAGUUGCAUAAUAAUGCUUGUACAUAUAAGGAAAUGUCAACGAAGGAACGAAAAGAAUCAUUGAAUGCUAACCGGAGAGAGAUCGAAAAAUCUACUAAUACUGUUCUCACUGAAGAGCUGUCUAUGAAGACAUUGUCUAGAUCCAAAGCUCAAUCGCGCUCAUCUCUUGAAGCCAGACCACGUUGGAAUGCUAAUCGACCGGGUACUCGUUAUCGGACUCAGAGUGAAAAAGAUCCACACUACCAGAGGCGCUUGAGAUUGAGAAGACGCCAACUUGACUCAAGUGAUGAUGGCUCAAGAUCUCCAUCCCUUGAGCGGAGAAAACCAAACAACUUAAAAUCAAAAAAUCGUAACACAAUGAGGCGAACCAUUAAACUGGAUAGUUAUGACGCGGAUUUGUCUAUGGAUAGUCUCAAUUCCAUAGUACCUUUAAAAAUAGAUAAGAAUGGAAAAAUCAAUAUUGAGAAUAAUAAAAAUAAUAGAAAAAACAAGUCGCAAUCAAAUGAAAUAAUAAACGAUGAAAAAAAUUUGUCGAUUAAAGAAGGAAACGAAAAGUUGGAUACUUGGUACAACAGGGAAAUUUUGUUACAGCUUACAACAUUGCGAAAUGGUCUCGCAAUGAAACAAAAGGAGUGGGACCCACAGAGGUGUCUCGUUUCUCCGAGUGCGGAGUUUUAGUAACCAUCCACCAAUAAAACAAAUUCUAAACCAUUAUGUUUAUUUCUAUUACAGUAGUGAAAUUUUUGUUU